UUUGCAUAUUUAGUGUUGAGGUAAUCCAAAAGUAACAGAAUCCAGUUAUUCUACUUUAAUAUUGUGAUAUUUGGAUUAACUGACUCCAUUUUCUAACAGGUAAUUAGUUAUAGUGUGGGAUUAUGUUUUUAAUGUGUAUGUUAUAUAAUAUAAUUCAGUUUUAGUGAACAGUAACAACCUGGCUGCUGACUCACCUGGAGCGCUUUACCAACCGGCCAUAAGGGGGCGCUGGAGCUACGAACUACACUAAAGCAGCAGCAGCAGAAGAAGACGAAGGAGCGGAAGUGACGUGCUUUUGUUUUGAAAGAGGGAAAUUUAAAAGUCAACAACGUUAUUGACAAAUAAACACAAACAAGCGGAAUACAGGGUCCAGAAAGGAGGCUGAGAUGAGCGCAGUGUGACAUCGUUCACUCCUGAAUGUAAAGUCGCUUUGACCUCUGACCUCGGUGGCCGUGUGUGUCCCUGCAGGGUUGCCAGGCACCGACAUGAAGAAGAAGGUGAGGAGGUCGCAGGUGGCAGACGAAGGCAGCAGCAACCAGGAGGAGUGCUGUGCUCUCUGCAGGCUCAGUGAUGAUGAUCCGGCCAUGUUUGGGGAAAAAGUUACACUUAAAGAGCACAAACUCUCCGUCCACUACUUCUGUUUGCUGACGUCCUGCGGCGUUUACCAGCGAGGAGAGGAGGACGAGGGCGUGUUCGGGUUCCUGGUGGACGACAUCCAACAGGAGAUCCGCCGGUCGGCUCGACUGACGUGUUGCUGCUGUAAGAAGAAGGGAGCGUGUGUCGGCUGUAACGUUCGGAGCUGCAGGAAGACGAUCCACUUCCCCUGCGGGAGGAAACAGAAGUUCAUCUCUCAGUUUACCGGACUCUUCCCGUCUUACUGUCCGGACCACAGUCCCACCCAGUCUCUGUGUGUGGGUUUAGACCUCAGCCUGCCUCAGUCCUGCUCCGUCUGUUUGGACGCCAUCGACCCCGUCCUCUGCUACUCUGUCCUCAAGUGUCCGUCCUGCAACGCCAGCUGGUUCCACAGAGACUGCGUGCAGCGUCAGGCCCACAGCGCCGGCCUCUUCUUCUUCAGGUGCACUCUCUGUAACAACAAGGACGACUUCCAGGAGGAGAUGCUCAGGAUGGGAAUAUACAUCCCCGAGAGAGAUGCUUCAUGGGAGUUGGAGGCGAACGCGUAUUCAGAGCUGCUGGAGGUUUAUAACCGCUGUGACGCUCUCGCCUGCCUCUGCACCGACGGACGCUCACACUCCGCCAAAACCGGUUGGUUUGAGGUGAUUCGCUGCCGGCUGUGUGGAUCCAGAGGGACUCACAGGAAAUGUUCUGGGCUGAAGUUGAACACCAGCGACUGGGCCUGCAGCGACUGCACGCAGACUACGGACGGGAAAGCUUCCCUGGUUGCGUCUCCUCAGGGAGGUCAGAGGAGGAGUCUGCUGUCCAAACGCCACCUGUCCCCCAUCCACUCCUCCGUCAGCUGUAAAAGACCGUCGUUACCUGUAGGAUCUGGGUCACCUGAGGACUUGCUGCAGGCGUUGGCUGCUCAGCUCCGCCCCCUCAGUGUCCAGGUGGAGGUGCGCAGGGAUCGGGCUCUGGCUGCCGGUGUGGAGCUGGUGAGGAGGACCGACUUCGACCCCACGCACACUCUGUCUGUCAGGUUCAAAGACCACCAGCGGACUUCGUUUCCCAGCAGCCUCCAGGACAGCGACUCAGCCAGGCAGGGCUUCCUGAAGCUGCUGUUGCAGCAGAUCCAGGACUCUGUGGUGUUCGAGGGUCCAGAAGGAUCCAAGAACCUGGCACUGGACUCUCAGGCUCUGCGUGAGGACCUGUACUUUGACGUCGGCUGCCUGCUCGCUCUCUCUCUGGUCCACGGCGGUCCUCCUGUUGGCUUCUUCUCUCGUGCUCUCUACCAGUGUCUGUUCAACUUUCCGCCCAACUGGCCGCUCACCGUCGCACACAUGACCCCGGACACACACUCCACCCGCCAAGUCAGCAGGAUUGCGAAGGCAAAGUCUUUAGACGAGCUGAAAGAAGUCACGGCGGCUAGUUGGGAGUACCUGGAGCUGGCCGGCUGCAACCGACCAAUCAGCAGCCUGAAGGAGAGAGAUGUUCUGGUGGAAGAUCUGGUCAGCUUCACUCUGAUCACCAGGAUGCAGCUUCCACUGCAGAGGUUUCGGGAGGGUCUGCGGACGUUGGGCGUCUUUGAUCAGGUGCAGCUCUUCCCGUCGGCGUUCUGCAGCGUUUUCUGUGAAGCGGCGGUUCGGCUCUCGGCUCAGACGGUCGGUCAGCUCUUCACUGUGGAGUUCUCGCAGCAGGACGACAGACUGGACAGAGAGACGCCCGUCGUCACCUUCUGGAGACACUUCCUGCUGGAGUGUGAAGUUGGGAGGAGCUCCAUCUCCCUACAGGACCUCCUUCACUUCGCCACAGGAGCUGAGGAGGUCCCAGCCGCUGGCCUCCUCCCCCCGCCCACCAUUUCUUUCCUCCACCCUGUCACCUCCUCCCCACCAGGAGCUGAGCAGGAGGAGCGGGGAGGAAGAGGAAGAGGAGGAAAGCGAGGAAAAGUCAGACCACAGACGGCGGAGUGGAGGGACGAGGGGCUCUUCCCUCAGAGGGAGCCCAACUCCAAACACCUCCUGCUGCCUGUCACCUCCUCCUACCAGGCCUUCAAAAGCUCCAUGGAGCAGGCCAUCAGCCACCACGUGCACCUCCUCCCCACAGAGAGUUAGCGGAGGACGUUGCAGGAAGUAUUUUAGGAUUUACAUUCAAAGAUAUUUUUUAAAAAAAGAAAUCAGUUUCUAAACGAGGCAGGUGACGAUUAAAGGUCUUUACACAGCGGGAGCGAGACGGAUAAUGGACAGGAAAUACGCACACCGACACAUUCAAAAUAAAUAAUGAAACCCACACACACCUGAAGUUGCACCACACACUUUAUCAUUAGAACAGUCUCUGUGACCCCCCCCCCACAGGGCUGUGAAGCUCAGUGUGGUCAAAUCUGGCUGUCGCCAUCUUAGCAGUCCGGACUCCAAACAUGGUCAACGAGGUGGAGCUGAAUGAAGCCUGGUUACUGAAAACAGCCACCUGGAAAACCUGGAAAUUUAGGGCCUAGAUAUGUAGUCAUUGAAAGACCUGGAAAUGAUUUAAAAUGAUCAAAUAUCCUGAAACAUUUUACUCACUCAGAUCGCCUGCGUAAACCUGAAUACAUUUACAUACAAACAGCUUUAAUUAAUGAUCAGAUCUGCUGCUGUGGUUGAUUAAUACCUGCACAGCGAAGCUAAUCGUACUUUCAACCAACACUUUCACUAGAAGAUGAAUUUUCUGUAAAAUAAAUUCUACUUGAACUUGAACUUGAGGAUUUAGAGUGAAUGUGUAGUUAAUUCACCUGAGACCACAGUGGAAACAUCGGCUGUGGUGGGAACGAUGCCGCUCACCACAAGAGCAAGCUGACGUCAAAUGCCACCACAGAAGUAUCUUAAACCUGCUUUCUAUGUAAUGUCCAGCAGGGGGAGCUCCAUUGGCUGCAAUAUAAACUGACACCGUACAGUCUUAUGGAGAAAUGACUUCCUGCUACGGACGAGUCGAAACUGAGCAGCCAAUGAGAGCAGCUCAACUCGCGGUACGUGACCUCCGCUGGUUCCGACUAACUAUCAUGGCAAUGACCAUAAAGUCCAAACUGGAGGCUUCAAAACGGGACUCCACAACCCGAUGGGUUCCUCACAAUGUGACUGAUUCUCUUAUCGACGGUGUGAAAGCUCCGAACAAUCGAACAAACACAGUUACUUUCUCUCGCUGCGUAAUAUUAAAGCCAUUGUGACAAAACAACAAAAUAUUGACGUUCAAAUUCAUCGCAAGAAACAACCCCAGUGUGUAAAGACCUGUCAGUGCCAUCAGAGUUCUCAUCUGCAGAUAUAUUAUUGUUAUUGUUAUUGUUAUUAUUAUUAUUUGUAUUAUUAUUAUUGUUAUUCUGUUGCAAUGAGCAGGAUGAUUUAAUGCAACCGCCAUCAUUCUUAUUAUUUCUCUAUCAGUUGGGUCUUGUUAUAUUCUAUAUUUUCUCAUGUUGCGUCUCUCAGUGACUUCCUGUCUGAGACUCUCAGCUCCAAUCCCAUUGGUUCCUGCUGAAGAGCUUUAUAGUUCCACCUCUUUAAAAAGGGUUCAGUCAUUUCCUAGAACAGCUGUUCAGUUAGUUUUUGUACAGGUAUAGUGAAUUGGUUCUCGCUCCAGCUGUUCUUCCCCAGCGCUCUUCGUCGAGGCGUUUCUGCUCCUGUAGCGAUGCGUCUACGUUCCCGUGAGCGGAUACAGUCUCUGUCUGAGGACGAGGUUUGAUGAGCAGACACAGAAUAUCAGCAGCUGCUUUAUCUCAGCUGCUUGUUACUUCAUCACAUCCAGCCAUCUCUGUUUUUAAAUUGUUUAUGAUAUUCCUCAGGACCUUCGCUGUUGGGUCCUUACUCCAAAUAAGUAAUAUGUGUAAUUACUUGAUUACUCUCAGUAGAAAGUAAUUAAUUACACUACUCGUUUGGGGUCGACUGAGGCAGGUUUUUCAGUCCGUUAUUCUGUACAGGAUCUAAUGCAAAGCUCCACCUGUAACACGUUGUUUUCGAUGGAAUCUCUAUUAAUUAAUGAAACAGAGCUCGUUUUAACAUUAAUAUAAUAAGAAACCAUAGCCAGAGGAGGUUUGGGAUUUACCGUCAUUUAGGAGAAAAGUGUAGACAUUUGUUAGUUAAUGGUCAACUGAUUCAUUGUGAGCGAGGCUGAAGGCUCGUUGUCCGUCGUAUCCUCACAACACAAGGUUGAGCAGCUUCCUGUCUGUCAUCAGUGUGUUUUUGUGUCAUUUUAACAAUGUGUAUAUCUGUAUAUCUGAGCAUUAGCGUGAUAAUAUCUUCCCCUGCCUGGUGCUGUCGUCUCACUCGUUAAUGAAGCUGAUACAUGAAAUAUUUCCAUAGUGAAGCCAAAGCGAAGCUGAACUGAAACUGAGAAACUUCAAAGCAAAUCCUCUUAAAUUUGCCUUUUUUAAACCUUUUUUUUGCUCUUUCCUCAAACAUUCAGCUCAGUUGUGAUGUGAGGAUCUUUCUAUGUUUUCUAGUUUAAAAAUGAUGGUGCUGAUUUUAUAAGAGCUACUUUUUUAUUGCACAUACUUUGUUUUUUAAGCCUUUAUUGAUGCUGAGAUUUUCUGUCUGUCAUGUUUUCUUUUCUUUUGUGAAUGAGCAGUGUGUGUAAGACACACACAUAACCUCACACUUUCAUUUAAGUGGCAAAUUCAGGGUUCAUCUUAACUUUUUGGUGGAUAAAUGUGUAAAUGAAUGGAUUAUAAUGCAGUAUGAUCUUUUAAGUGAUUAUCUCCACAGUUUUUAGGGGUAAGAACAUUUUGCUGGAGAUUUAACGAAUGGAUGGGUCUCAUUUUAUAAACUUAAACUGUUAGAAACACUGCAAUGUAUUACAGCCCAGUCAUUUAUUCAGUAUAGCCUUAAAAUCCCAUUGAAAAAACAUAAUUAUGUCAUUAUUAAUUGGUAAAAUGAAGAGAUUUGGUUACAAAGUGUAAGAAUCUGUUCACUUCGUGUUGCAGCUGCAGAACGUGCAGAAUCAGUUUAAUACUGACGUCUUUUUCUUUCUGUCUGUUCAGUUUUUCAGGUAAUUGUAUUUUCCUGAGUUGAUUUCUGUUGAACCUUUUCCUUCUUGUUAUUUAUCUUUUUGGGUUUCCUUCCUGUUUACUGAAUGCUUAUUUUACAGCCUCUAUUUUCUCUUCUUGUGGAUUAUAAACACAGAAACAAAC